UGUCAAGCACAGGCGCACACAAUCACCAGGGGGACUGAGGGGGUUACCAGGAGUGUGUUCACCUCACACUCGCACGCUCCCACAAACCCACACGCACCCAGGGAUUCAGACCGAGCAGCCAGAGAGACACGACUCCUCUGCUCUAACUCAUGGAGACGGGUCAUAUGGCUGCAAUGCUGGGGGCCUCGGGCGAGGACACCCACACCGCCCUGGUGCGCCUCGAGCGGACCAUGAUGGCCGUGGUGCGGGAGAUCACCGUGGACGUCAGCACCUUCAAGCGGACGGUAGAGCGGCGCCUGGACGAGGCCUCCGGGAAGAGCGGGCCCCUGAGGGACGCUGUCACCCAGCUCCAGCAGGAGAACCAGGAGCUCAGGGCCCGGCUCCAGCAGGAGAACCAGGAGCUCAGGGCCCGGCUGGAUGAGCUCACACAGCAGGUGGAGGACAUGCCCGUCCUGCGGCUCGAGCAGAAGGUCCCCAGGAUGAAUGGCGCACAGUACGCCUCGGCCACGCGCACUUCCUCCAGUCAACACACUGAGGAGAGCCACCGGAGCCUCGCCACUCACUCUGAGGCAGUCAGGAGCUCCGUGUCAGUGGCGCACUACCCGAAGAGUGCCAGUGCCACUGUGGAGCUGGAGUGCCCGCCUCAGCCUCCUGCUCAUUCACCCCCUGGUCCUGUCAUAGAGUCAAAUUCAACUGCUGGUUCUGUCUCGAUCUCAACUGCUGGUUCUGUCCAUGAAUCUACUGCUGGUUCUAUCUCUGAGUCAUCUGUUGGUUCUCACCAUGUUUCAACAACUGAGUUUAUCUCUGAUGCGUCUUUUGGUCACGUUCAUUCUUCGACUUCUGAUUCUGUCUUUGAGUCAACCACUGGUUCUUUCCAACAUUCAACGCCUGGUCCUGAUCCCGAACCUGUUCUGGCGUCUGGUCCCUCCUCUGAAUCCAUCCUCGGUUUUCUUCCUGAUUCCCGCCCUGGAUUUGGUCGUGAUCCCAUCAUUUUCAAAACUACACCUGGCGACGGCUCUGAUUCUACCCAUGAUUCCGACAGUGGGUCUAUGUCGACCUGCUCAUACGUCACACAACAGGCUGUCAUCUCCAGCACAGAGGCCAGGGUCUUCUCAGCGUCAAAUGGAGAUAUCCAUGAGGAAGCACCUACCAAACUGGAGCCAAUCACCCAGAAUGGACAUGAAGGAGACUUAGGUAUUAGCCAAAGUCACUCAGAGGCCUUGACGGAACCUCAGUACCCAAGGUCAAACGUCAACGGGCAGCACGAAACCCCAAUGGGCCUGUUCAAGCCCCAGGCCCCCGUUUCACCCCCUACCCGACCCCUAGAGCUGGGGGUCCCCAGGAGCCCGAAGCUGCUGCCCCGCCCGAACCUCUUCACACCUCAGUCACCCAACUCAAUGUUCCGGAAGCCGUUCAACCCUUCUGCCUCUGACCCUGCCUUUACUGCUCCUAAACCGGUACCUGAGUCUCCGACUAAAGCUGCAAAACCAUGGAGCCCAGGUCUAAUGAAGAGGAGCAUUACUUUGCCAAAAUUACCAGACAAACCCUCACCAAUACUCUCCAGUACUCCUCUUCCUUUGUCCAACCUCAGCCCAUCAACAGAUAAGAGGAGGACUGAUUUUGGAGGAGGAAACCCUUUUGCCACUGUUCCAGACAAGAGGCCUGAACUACUUCGAUCUCAAACUCUGCCAACACUACGGCCCCAGGGGGUCCAAGCCAAGCAGGCCCUCUUUGAGAAGUCGGAGUCUACUCUAAACAAGCAGAUGAAAUCCUUUCCCGCGAAACCCUUUGGAGUUGUGCAGAACUCCAAACCCAAACUGGCCCGCUCCAAUAGCUUUGGGGGCAGUGCCAGUAGUAUAAAGCAGACUCUACUGGAAUGGUGUCGAUCCAAAACUAUUGGGUACCAGCAUAUAGACAUACAGAACUUCUCAUCUAGUUGGACUGAUGGAAUGGCUUUCUGUGCGCUGGUCCACUCAUUCUUCCCCACUGAUUUUGAAUACGAGUCCCUGAACCCAGCUAACCCCAAGAGGAAUUUGGAAGUGGCUUUCACCAUGGCAGAGAAAAUGGCUGACUGUAUGCGCCUUAUUGAGGUAGAGGACAUGCUGGCCAUGGGUUCCAAGCCGGAUCCCAUGUGUGUUUUUACCUACGUGCAGUCCUUGUACGCCUGUCUGAAGUUUUAUGAAUGAGUUUCCUCUCCGUGUCAGUGGCCCCUCCUUCCACAUUAAUCUCUGUGUUCUCCUUCACCAAAGUCCUCGGAAUUGAUCCUUGCAAGUCCAAUUUCGACAAGAAGAGGAUAACCUUGUAAAUAGAAAACAAGUGUUUUACGGAUGGCAAUGCAUAUAUUUGGUGUUAUUUUUAAUGACAUUGCUUCAGUUGUAUUUGAUAUAAUGACUGUAUUUUCUGUCUAUUCAAAAUGAUCUGAUAGCAAAUCACCAAUAUCUUUGAUGACAGCUGAUGUGAUGAGAGAGUAAAGCUAAACACAAAGCUGUUGAAGAUAUAGAGAAAACAAGGGUGAGAUGAUAAUUGUGGAUAAUUGUAAUGAGUAACAGGACAGGUAGGUAAAGAGAAUUGGAAUGUGACCAUGGAGAACAAAGGGAAGUGGGCUGUGUUUGACUCUGCAGUACAGUAGAAUUGCAUUAAUAGUCACUGCUGUAAAGGCAUGACUGGGUUUGUAACAAGCUCCUUAAUAAAAAAAAAAUUAUUGUGCUUGUCGUGAUAAUGUACCGUUAAUAAAGCACUGAGCAGUAAAAAUUGA